GCUUGCUUCUUCAGACGUCAACCUGCUGCUGUCUGGCAAGCAGGUGUGUGCUCCUCUGACAUGCCCCAGGGAAAGAAAGUUGAGCAAGACAGCAUGGACGCCGCCGCCGCCGCCAGCGACGAGGAGGACCAGGCCCGCAUGGCCGCCAUCGCCCAAGGGCUGCAGACCCGAGACGCGGUGCGGCUGUACAACUGGGUCACGCAGCGCUGCUUCUCCGACUGCGUCGUCUCCUUCUACCGCGAGGCGCUCGGCAACCGCGAGGCGGCCUGCGUCCGCGCCUGCGUCCGCAAGUACCUCCUCCUCUCCACCGCGUCCGCCGCCCGAUUCGCCGACCUCGCCGACCCCUCCCCCUCCUCCUCUGCCGCAGCAUUCGACGACUGACUGGUUGAUGCAUCGAUCUGUUUUUGUCUUGCUUACAGAUCAGGUUUACUUCCCUUGAGAUUUUCAGUCUAGUUUAGCAGAUUUAGCUUGUCAUCUCAUCUCAGGGAAACACGACGACACAAGAUGAGGCAUAGUAGCGAUUAGGAAACUCAAGGCUUAGCAUUGAGAUAUUUUGAUGUCUUUCCAUCUCUUCUUACGAUGAUUUUGUACUACCAGAUGAAGAUGAGACGACGAAUUUGGUCGGAUUUUGAUGUAUACAGAAAUUAAUUGAUGAAUGGAUGGAUGGAUGGAUAGUUCGUCAUGUCUUGCU